UAGUCUUGUCUCGUAUUCAACUUUUGGAUUGGCAAUAGAGUUGUCUGAGACCCGAGAAGACAGCGGGAAUGGAUUCCUCAUUUAAUUUGGCUUUUCUUAUCAAUGGAAGCCCAUGCAUGCACAUAGAUAGAUGAAAAGUGAAAACUAGUCUCCUCUAUAUAUCCUUGUCGUUGGUUACACGUUUGGCCUAUAGAGAAAACUAAUUUUCAAAAAAUGAAUGGUAAACAUAAAACUGGAUCACGGAGAAAGAAUGUUCCUUUCCCCGCAAACACUAGUACAACUCGUUGCCUUUUUUCUUCUAAGAUGAAUAGUUCAAAGCGUGCUGGGGAAGCAAAACUUACCUGCAGUGGUUGCCAACGCAAGUUUCUAGUACCUACAAUCACAAAUGCAUACCGUUGCUAUAAAUGUAAUAGUGUCACCAAUUCCACUAUAGGUUCUGAGCAAUCAAGGAAAGACAGUGGAGUCUUCAAACAUGAUCAACUGAAUAAUGCUUACCCAAAUGGAGCUUUGCUGCCACCUUCAGCUAGUUGUUCCUUGUCAUUAUCCAUGACGAUGGGUAACAAGCGUGCAGUUAUAUGUGGAGUUACAUACGGGAAAAGGAAAUUCAAGCUAGAAGGAACCAUUAAUGAUGUUAAUAACAUGAAAAAUCUACUUCUUGAUAACUUUAAAUUCCCAAUUGGGUGCAUACGUGUCCUUACAGAAGAACAGAAGGAUCCCAAUUUAAUUCCAACAAAGAAGAACAUACUGGAUUCCUUAAAUUGGCUUGUGAAGGACUGCCAGUCAGAGGACUCAUUAGUCUUCUACUUCUCAGGACAUGGUUUGCAACAACCAGAAGAUCGCAAAGGAGAUGAAAUUGACGGGCUUGAUGAAACUAUUUGUCCUGUUGAUUUUUUGAGAGAAGGAAUGAUCACUGACAAUGAAAUAAAUUCUAUCAUUGUUCAACCACUCAAGCAAGGUGUCACACUUCAUGCUAUUAUUGAUGCUUGUCAUAGUGGAACAACACUUGAUCUUCUGUAUCUUUGCAAAAAAGAAAAAGGCAGUUGGAAAUGGAAGGAUAACAAACCACCUCAUAGUAAAGAAACUAUGACAACACAAACAAAUGGUGGACUUGCUAUUUGCCUCAGUGCUUGUGAAGAUGGUCAGAUGGCUGCUGAUACUGCAGCUUUUGAUGGAAACAGGUUUAACGGUCUUGUGACCUAUCUUUUCUCACAAAUAAUUAGAGAUAAUCCUGAAAUAACAUAUGGUGGUUUACUAGAAAAGCUACAUCAGGAAAUUGGAAAUAUCCAUCAAAGCAAAUUCUCCAACAGCAUCUUGAAACGUAUUUUUCACCGAAAAAUUGAUCAGGAUCCUCAUUUAUCAUCGUCAGAGAAAUUUGAUAUUGCUACAAGAAUUUUUAAAUUGUGAGCAUAAGAACAGAAGGAUCCCAAUUUAAUUCCAACAAAAAAGAACAUACUGGAAUCAUUAAAUUGGCUUGUGAAGGACUGCCGGUCAGAGGACUCAUUAGUCUUCUACUUUGCCGGACAUGGUCUGCAACAAACAGAAUAUCAUGAAAUUGGAUUCUUAAUAUACAACAAAAUCUUGCAAAAAAAGAAAGAAAGAAUAAAGUCUGUACUGAUUACGGGUUAGUGGAGAUGUUUCUACAACAACAAAAAAAAAGAUUAAAAGCGCAGGAGUGCAGGACUUUAUUAGGCUUGUGUAUAGUAAGCUUCAGUUUUGUUUCACUCACCAUUUUCUAUGUAAAUUGAAUACAAAGGUUGUAAUAGUGACUCCUCCAAUAGUUAUACUUCUAAAAAAAAUAAAAAAUAAUG